CCGGGAGAUUUUUCCCCCCGCUGCUGCCUCCCAGAUUUUUCUCCCUUGGAUUCUUAUCUGUCGCCGCCCCUUGAUUUUUCUACACGCGCCGUCAUUAUCUCCAGCUGUGGAGCUUCUUCUCCCUGGCUGCGUCUCCCUCCCUCUCCCUCGUGUCUUCUUCUCCCUGCUCGCUGGCGUUCCUCCAGCUCCCUGCUCACUCCUCUUCUUCUCCCACGCACGCACAGGCUCCUCCCUCUGCGCAUCUCCCUGCGUCCGGUCGAGUUCUCCACACCGCGCUCCACUGCUCGGCCAACCGCUGCCCAAGUCCGGCCAGCCGAAGUGCUCCAUCUCCCAGCUCGCGGAGCUCCCUGGCUGGCGCGCCGACUUGGAGCUCGCCAUGGACGUUGGCCACCGCUGCAUGCUCGCCACGGCCUCCCAGCUCCUCCCAGCCGCCCCUCCUCCCUCUACUCUCUGCGUGCUUCUCUCCCUCUCUCCCCUUCUCCCUACUGCACGCGUUGGAUCUCAGCUCACGGAGCUCUCUCUUCUGUCUUUCAUGGCGAACGCCUGCUUCCCCUGCUCGGAUUUCGUCUGUGCCCCGGGCUCCAUGGCGUCCCCGCCUCCAUGCUAGUCCCAGCCGAGCUCUCCCUCUCCCUGGUCCCUUCUCUGCGUGCCCUGGUACUCGCUCGCUGCUGCGCUCGCUCUCCCCUGCCUGCUCGAGUUCGCCCCCAGCUCCUGACCAUGGAGCUUCGCCCCGGCGGCCUCUUCUUUCCGGCGGCCGGUCGGAGUUUCCUCUGCGCUUGUCCUGGCAGUCGCGCCAUGGCCAGCUCCUCUACUCGGCCUUGUCCUUGUUUUUCUUCCCUUCAUGACCUGCCGAGGCUCCCUCCCCAGCUACGUCUGUGGUCAUCGGGCAUGUCAGCUGCCGCAGGCUCGCCUCACCCGGCUUCGUCACCAGUCUUCGCUCGACGCGUCCUUAUACUCAACAUGGGGUUUCUCUGCUAUAACAUUGGCUCGCCGUGGCCUGGUCGAUUUGUCCUCAGUGUCGCGCCAGCCGUGCAGAUCUUUCCAUCGCGUUCGAACCUCGCUAUCGGCCCACCGCUCUCGUCGCCAUGAAGACUAUGCAACAGCGCUUGGUCUCAAUGGUCUGUUGAUCUGCAUAGGUGGUGGUUUGGUUAAGAGUGGUGUUGAUAGAAGCAGAAAAUGAAUUUUGUGUAAGGCUCGCCUGGUGCUCGACGAAACGCCUCACCCACGAAAGCAUCGUCGUUUUUGGAAACUUUCGCAUCGGUACGUUAAUUGACUACGUGAUAUGGAGGACCAAAGCUGAGCCGAUCACAAGAUGAUGUUAAGCGUGGGCUUCUCCACAAGGUGAUGCUGGUGGAUCAACCUGAAAAUGGGCAGACUGAACAAGUGUCAACACAAAAGGCUAGUCGCCAAGUGGUCGCCAUCUAACAAACACUAACGUAGUGUUUAUUCCAGGCAAGCCCCGGUGCAUGCAACCCCUUCCUUGUGUUUUUAAAUGAUUUUUACACACUUUAAGUCCAGCGAAAUGUGCAUUAGGUUUAUAGGAGUUGCUUGGAAACCC